GAUAAAUCUACAGAAGAGGGAGACCUUGGGUGCCCCUGUUUUCAUCUAGAACUUUCCAUUGAGUACAGUUGUACUUACUAAUUGUUGAAGGAGACAUCAUCAUGGGUUUGCUCACCAUUUCUGUCAUCCUCUACACCAUAUUUUCUUCCAGUGGAGCUUUCAGGGUGCCAGGAGUGCUCCAAAAUGAAACUAAAAGUCUGGAACCUUCCAAAGGAUUUUCUGCAGGAUUUUUGGAAAACCUCCCUACAACAAAUUGUCCUGAUGGUUGGCAUCGGCAUAAUUCACGCUGCUUCCACUUUGAAGGACAUGCAAAACCAUGGGUGGAUGCUCAGGAAGGAACCUGGCUCUGGAUUGAUGGGACUCCAUUUGACUUUGCCAAGUGGAACCCCGGAGAACCGAAUAACCAUGGAAAAGAAGACUGUGUAGAGAUUAACCAUGGAGCUGAAAAGGGAUGGAACGACCUGAAAUGUACAACAUUGUUGCCUUCUAUCUGUGCCAAACGACUGGUCUAGUUUCCACACUGUCUGGAAAGUGCAUGCAAGAUCGUUGUUUUUUUUCCUUAUUGUCUUAGCAAUGAGUGGCAGUUUCUCACAAAAGAUUCUUUGCACAUUCUUUACACUGUAUGCCUGUGUAAAUCUUUUGCUAAAAUAAAUGCUUUUGCUAUAGCAUCAAA